AAUGCUGUCUGUAUCCGUGUCAGAUCGAAUUCGGUUCAAAACCAAGAAAGGAAAGGUAGUGACUGCAUUACCUGUCACUGUAGAAUUUGGUAAAUUCGUUAGAGGGGAUAAAACAACACGUCUUGCCAAUACAGAAGAGUGGAAUAGGUUAAACUUAGGGGGAUACAAUUCCGAACAGGUUCUUUCUCCUUCUGAUUUAUUGCACGCUGUUGUUGCACUUUAUAACGUAUGUUUAUCCGAGCAAACUGCAGAAGAAUUAUAUAGAAGAGUCUGUCUGGAAGGAGCAAAGACCUUACUUCUCAUUCGAGACACGUCAGAAAUAUUAAAAGAAUGGGAGAAUCGUGUAGCGAGUAUUCAAAGCGGUUCAAGAGAUUCUCUUGGAGAAAUUAACAAUAAUCCUAUUGAAAAAAAGAACGGAGACGAAGCUAAUACAAGUCGAGAGAAUUCAACCAUUCCAGAACACACUUCAGAAGAAGAGUGUAACAAUUCGGGAUGUUUCCCUAAUGGUAACGAAGAGAAAUCUUGGAUAUUUAGGGAUCAGAAGAACGAAGAAGGUAACGUCGACGUGUUAAACAAAAAUGGUCUCGUGUCUUCUGUUACUAGCAGCAACAAAACAGAGAGAUGUACCCGAACAGAAAUGCCAUUUCCAAAUAUCUUCAGCGAUUCGCUAGAUUCUGAUUCUGACAGCAAUGGAGAAGAAGAAGAAGAAGAUAAGAAGCAAGAAUACUUUAAAGGUUUACAAAAGUUUCUGAAGAUGGUAGAAAAUAGGAGGAACGAAACGAAAAUUGCUCAGGAGAGAUACUCGUUGCAACCUUCACACGUUGGGAUCGAGCACAGAUUGAUCGCUUGUGCAACGUUUCAUAAAGAGUACAAUAUUCCAGGGAUUAGAGUGGUUAAUCUAAUUUUGUUGGCCGUCCGCAAACGUUACAGAAAGUGCUAUCUUGGAAGAUAUCUCGUUGAGGGAAAGGGAAAGAAAGGAAAAUGGCAAAUGGAAGGGAAAAAAGAGAGGAAAAAGAAGAUAAAAAGAAAGAGAAAAGGAAAAGGAAAGAGAAGGGAAAGGAAAGGGAAAAAAGAAAAAGAAAGGAAAGGGAAAGGAAAGAGAAAAGGAAAAGGAAAGAGAAGGGAAAGGAAAGGGGAAAAAAAAGGAAAGGGAAAGGAAAGAGAAAAGGAAAAGGAAAGAAAGGAAAGGGAAAGGAAAGAGAAAAGGAAAAGGAAAGAGAAGGGAAAGGAAAGGGAAAAAGAAAAGAAAGGGAAGGGAAAGGGAAAAAGAAAGAGAAAGGGGAAAGGGAAAGGGAAAAUGUGGAAGGAAGGAGAAAAGUAA